CGACUGCAUCUUCCUUAGCAGGGCAGGUUGAUUGCUAUCUUUCAUACUCUACUUCACUUACCUACUACCUACUUCUUCUAAUUUACUUUAAGGUUGUACCCUCCCUCGAAAAUUCACCUGCAUUUCCUUUCUUCCCUCCCUCCCUCCCUCCUUCCAAAUUCCCAAUUCUUCUCCUCGUUUCUUUCCCUUCCCUCCCUCCAGAACCUUUUAUUCUCCCUGCGCUCGAACUCUUCUUCCGGAGUUUUAAUCGUAUUCCCACCCCCACCCACACCCCCCAAAAACCCCUCCUCAUUCUUAACAUUGUGUGGUAAUCGACUUGAUUACUUACACAUCCGAUCACCAGACGUCCAUGCCUCACGCUGAAAAGGGAACAAUGGGUGAGAACUCGGUUAAUGGAGAGAAAGUUCAUUCCCACUUCAUCGAUCACUUGACAUCCUAUCCGGUGGUUGCAGAUUCAAUCACUGUCUUCAAAACAAAUAAGUAUGGCGCAAAGACGCUAGAGUAUGCCGAUCAAGGGUACAGCCGCCUGGCCAAGCCACUUCUUCCAUACUUCUCCAGGCCCUAUGUCUAUAUUGCCCCCUACGUUGCUCGCGUGGACUCGCUCGGCGACCAGGGCUUGACCAAAGUCGACGAAACCUUCCCCAUCGUUCGGGAUGACACCGACAAGCUGAAGGAAUCCCUCCGAGACGGGGCCACCUUCCCAUUGCGCUUCGCCGGUGACAUGAAGGCCCAUGUGGUCGACACACUGAACUCGGAGUACAAGAAAUGUGGGGGCGACGGUGUCGUCGCUGGCAGCAAGGCCAUCAUCAGCACCACUCUGGUGCUGUCGCAAGAGUCAUUGGCCUACCUCAGCUCCCUGCUGCAGGCGAAGAAAACGCAGGUCAAGGAAGCUGUGAACGAAAAGACCGACAAAUAGUCCCAAGUCCGUCUUUAUUGAUACCUCGAAACCGUUUCCGUCCUGGUCUCUCGAGCUUUUCCAAUGUCUUCGACUCUUUGCUUUGCUACUUUUCUUUCCCACUUUUAGAAAGCUUUGCGCUCUUGUGGCUUUGUUCGCUUCGUCAGCGGUGCGUGGUGCACGUUUAGUUCUAAUUUCUCUGUAACGAACAUUGGUGAUUAUCCUCUCUCUGCCCUGGUGGAAUGUGCGUGUGUGUUAGCUAUAGCUUGCAUUUGGAUACACAUCAUGGGUCUCAGCUCUUGAUAAGUGUAUCUCUUGUGAAUCAGAAUUGCCCAUAUUCUCGCGGAAUGCAUUGAGGAGGAGAGCCGAUAGACGUUCAAGAAGACAUCAACCUUGGCAGAUAGAUCCAUGCGUAUGGCAGGAGCAGAAGCAAAA